AUUGUAGUCUGCUUGUCUCCAGCUCUCGACUGACAGUCAUCUCCUUGGUAUCGACGCCGCUCGGCAUACAGCCUCCGGUAAUGACGCACUGAUGCUCCUCCACGCGUUUCCGCACAGCCUGUUAGACGGCUUGCCGUCGCAGCAGCAGCAGCAAGAGCUAUCGCCCAAGCACUUCGGCGCGUCGGCCUCAGCAUCCGCCGCUGUUGCUCUUGCGUUGCUCACGCCGCGUAACACGCAUGUCGGGUCAAUCAAAGCUUCGAAACAGGUCCAAGAGCGAGAGCAGGACAAGAAAAAGGAACAGCUGAUCUCCAUCACGCGCUCGGCACUCUCACUGCGUCCACAGCACCUGUAUGCUGCCUACUUGCAACGUUCCGCGUCCACGUUCACCAACACCGCUGCUAGCAUCAUGCCUGCUAACGCUCACAACGCCAACCUCCAUGUCGCGGCUCAUGUGACUGCAGUGGCGCCUCCUUCCAAACGUCACCGACAGCAUGUGCGCAGAGACGCGCUCGAGGGUAAACCAAAGGCGUCCGCGUUCGUUCGACUCUCCCUUGCGCCUUCAGACGUACACGCGGUUCCACUACCUACAGCACACCCAACACAUCGGAAGGAGGUGGUCCGCCUCAUGCACAAUACACGGCUGUCCGAUACUACUUCUUCGUACUCACUGUGCGAACACCCAGCCGCGCCUUUCGCGCCUUCGCUGCGCUCGCCAGACAAAGUGGAAGACCGCGCAUCCGAUGACAACAUCAGCGGCGGCCGCGCUGCAUCAUUUCCUGCAGCAAGGUCCAAUGAACAUGCUGCAGGCGCACGCGCCUACACAUCAUUCCAACCAGCAUCGGGAAUAGCAAGGGCCAAGCCGGACAUUCUCUGUGCUUUCUGUGCCCGCACGGCGGACAAUCCGCCGCGCGCGGGCCCGCUGGCAAGCAGCACCGUGCCCACUACCAAUAAAAGCCAGCGCGUCGCCGCCGAGCUGAUGGGAGUCAUGCUCAGCUGCUGUAAGUGUGGAAGCAGCGGGCACCCAGUCUGCCUGCGUUGGAGUGGCCGCACGAGGGUCAAGGUGCGCCUGGCACAGUCAUACGAGUGGUAUUGCAUGGAGUGCAAGUCGUGUGAGCGCUGCUGCAGCCAGGCGGACGAUGAUAAGAUCCUCUUCUGCGAUGCCUGCGACCGCGGAUGGCACUUCUACUGUCUACAGCCACCCCUCGACCGCCCGCGUAAGGGCGUGUGGAAGUGCCCGAUGUGCGUAGGCGUCCGUACUGGUGCUCCUUCUUUGCAGGGUGCCGCCACACAGUGCACGGGUGCCGCUCGCCGUUCGGCUGCAGGGGGUGGGCAAGAGAAGCUGCCUCCACUGCCACCGCCAAUGACGACGGUGACGCAGACGGGCAAGGGAAAGCAUGCAGGGCCGUUUGCUGUUUCUGGAGAUGCUCUUUCAGGAGGUGGAACAGGCGUGAAAUCCGAGGUUGCUAAAGCAGCCUCCAGGGAAUCAGAUGCAACAUCAGCAUCGUCAGCGCGAGAGGUCAUGCACAGCGCUCCUUCACAGCAGGAGGAGGAGAAGAAGAAGCAUGCGCUGAUCGGCAUCAAGCGACCGCGCAACCCGGACUGGAGCUUCGACAUGCCUGUCAAGCGCGAGCGGCUGCCGAGGCACGCGUGCGCGAACCAGUCAAGUGCAGGUGCCGGGCAGAAAGGCCAGAUACAUUGCAAAGGCGCAAAGCAGCUCGUGAAGAAUGGCGGUAGGCGGAGUGUGAAAAGGAGGAUAGGGAGAACGAGCAUGCAGGCACAAUCUUCUGGUCUUCACGGACACACACCCGGCUCUAACAGCAGUAGCCGCGGAAGAAAUGACAAUCACGACGGAAACGCCAACACCAACGCUAGCAGCUCCAUCCUGGGCCAUGGCGAUCCCAGCCCUUCGUCGAUAUUCAGGCGCUUCACGCAAUCUGCGCUUAUUCGCUUCGGCUUCGGCCUAGGGCAGGGCAUUGGCAUCGGGCGCGGGAGCGGGCUUGGCGAUGGCAAAGGCAGCGCAGAAAGUGCAGGCGACGACGCGAAGCGCGCGGUCGUCGCCCAGCCUUUCUGCUAUGCGGACGGCUACCGCGCCCCGCUUCCCGAUGCCGACGCCCUCUCGUCGCUAGCGGGUAACAGCAAAGGCAACGGUCGCGUAUCGCGCGGCCGCUGCGGAAGCAGCAGCAGCCGCGGCGGUGCUAACCAGAACGGCAAGCGGAAGCGCACGAGUCGCUUCUCCAGCUGGAGCGGCUAUGGUGAUUACGAUUUAGGGGAUGGAGAAGACGGUUUCUCAGGUGGCGGCGGCAGUGGUGGCAGUGGUAGAGGAGGUGGCGGCGGGCGGCGCGGCCGUCGUGGUAGCCGAGCGCAUGGCAGCAGCGACGAUGAUGAUGAUGAUGAAAACGAUAGCGACAGCAAUCGCGAUCAGAAGCGGCGGAAGGGAAAGGUGCGGCGCACGGAGCCCGGCGAAGAUGAAACGGGCGAUAAAGUCGAGGGUGAUGAGUCGACCGAGGAAGAGGCGGAGGAAGAGGAGGAAGAAGAAGUGGAAGAGGAGGAAGAGGACCCAUUCGGAGGGAUCUUGGUCGGCGUCGAUGCGGAUACAUCCAAAGCGCGCCCAACACCCGAGGACAAGUCCAAGUUCGAGAUGGCGAGAGCGAUGGGAGAGGCUUGCCUCGGUGGUGUAGUGUCCUGCCCACGAGGCUCGGAGACGCCGCGACUGCAGUCCAAGUCCCAGAGCUCUACGCGUGGCUUCAGUGGCAUCGGUACGCCGAUAACCAGCAAUCCGCUUGGCGCUAUUGCAAGUGCAAAUGCACGGCCAACCGCCAGUGGUGACUAUUUCCAAUGGCCAGCCGCGGCCGCUGCGGCUGAGCGCCUCGGUCGAGUAGCCGCCGGUCUGCCUCCCCGCACUCCAGCUUCCCCAUCCACCGCUACGACCUCCGAAAUAGCCGGCGGCAAGUCUCCGCGAGUCCAGGCAUCUGCCACAGCAACGGCAGCGGCCACGCCUGGUGGCGACGUGACGGCCGGCGGCCCGCCUGGGCCUGUCAUUGCAGCCGCCUCGAGCGCUGAGACGGGUGUUGCGGUCCCCGUCAAGUACAUCCGCUUCGAGGAGUUCGACAUUGAUACGUGGUACCAGGCUCCGUUUCCCGAAGAGUAUUCGCUAGUCCCCGAUGGCAGGAUGUGGAUCUGCGAGUUCUGCCUUAAGUACAUGAAGAGCAAGUUUAUGGCUACCAGGCACAGAAUGAAAUGCAAGAUGCGCCAUCCUCCAGGCGAUGAGAUCUACCGCGAUGGCAAUGUUUCGGUGUUUGAGGUUGAUGGACGAAAGAACAAGAUCUACUGCCAAAACCUCUGCCUGCUCGCCAAGAUGUUCCUGGACCACAAGACGCUUUACUACGACGUCGAGCCUUUCCUCUUUUACGUUGUCGCCGAGCUCGAUGAGCGUGGAGCGCACUUCGUCGGAUACUUCAGCAAGGAGAAGCGUAGUCCACUCCACUACAACGUAUCUUGCAUCAUGACGCUUCCUGUGCGUCAGCGCCGUGGUUGGGGUAACUUUCUGAUCGAUAUUAGUUACUUGCUGUCCAAGAAGGAAGGAAGGCUGGGGUCCCCGGAGAAGCCUUUGUCAGAUCUAGGGCUCUUGUCAUACCGUAAUUACUGGACGUUGUCCGUCUUUUACUACCUCCGCACUGCUCCUGAUGCGGUAACCUUGGAAGAUAUCACCAUGGCUACUUCGAUGACAUACGAGGACGUGCUCUAUGUCUUGCGUGAGCAAGAUAUGAUCACCAUCCCUGAUACCGUCAGCGGCCGCAUGCGCGCGCCUGCUACAGCCAAGUACAAGUCGCGCGAGGGCGGCACUACCGCUGUGGUAGCCAGCAGAGCUCAACGUGGGAGAGGACGCCCCAGGGGAGGCGGAGCUGCCAGCCGUGCGGCUGCGUACCACAAGGACAAAGAGAAUGAGGUGACCAUUCCGACCGAAUAUCGCAUUCACUUCGAUCGAGACUACCUCACGGCUCACAUCAAGAACUACGAAGCCAAGAAUUACAUCAAGGUCAGGCCAGAGAAGCUCAAGUGGACUCCAUUCCUUGUCUCGCGGUCACUGCCUGCUCCUUCCCUUGCUGGUCGACCGACCAAGUUAUUCCUUUUUGAUGGUGACUCUCCAGAUGAGGACGGGGAGCCGAGCAUCCAGACACCCACUUCAGGAGCCGGAAUCAUGGAGCAAGGCCAGCCGGAAACCGAUGUCAGUGUCACGCGGCCUGAAUCCCCGCUGAGGGAGCCUGGCCCCACUGGAGAGAUAGUUGAGGACACUCAACCCGCAGAUAAAGCAACUCCAUCUGCUAUGGAUGAGAUCGAUGAAGACGCAGAGGGCUCUCUAUACGAUGAGGACGCACUAGGCGAAGCGGACCCAGGCGUGUGAGACAGAUGUAUAGAGCCACUAGCAAGUGCAUUCUUGUG